GUAAAAAGGAGCAAGUAUAUUUCUCGGCGCUGACAUUCAUUCUUCCAUAGCUCUUUUCUUUUGUUACAACGAGCAUAUCAGACUUUCCCGGAGAAUCGUGAUCGUGUGGUAUUUUUGUAUUUAAUUUUUUUAAUUCACACCGAUCUAUUUUCGAUAUUUCUUUUUUUUUUUAGGAAGCCCAAAGUCACGAGGAGGAUCCCCCAGCUACUGCUGGUCGUGCAAGAAAAAGAGAGUCCUUUUUUUGAGGCGUUUGAGACAGACUCAAGCAAGCGCAACCAGAUGGAUAGACAGUACAUGAAGUCUAUGCAAACAAAAAUGCAAGAAUGGUAUGCUAGGACUAAGCUGUCAGCACUUUGCUUUGCAUUUUGUGCAACAAGUUUAAGCUCAAGAAAUGGCAGCUGAUGAUGACAUACCACCAGAAGACCCUGUGCAAUUUAGAGUAGUAGAUCUGAGGAAAACAGUAAAGAAAUUUUAGCAAGCAAACUGGAUAAACAGUUCAUUUUUCACAAAUGCAAACAGUUUUGGGGGUGAUGUACUUAAAAGGCUAUGCAAUUUGUCUAUUCUAAUCAUACAACACACAAUUUUGUUUCUUUAAAGUGCUAAAUUGAGUAGUAAUGCAGUUGUUAAAUAUAAAAAUUUAAGCACCCACUGUCAAUUUUCCCAUAAAUUUGCAGAAUAUAUAUGGUGUAUUUUCAUGUCAGGAGAUCUGAGCCUGGAUGGGGGAAAGAAGCAUGCAGACAAGUUUGGUGGCCUGAAGAAGUUGAGCUCACAGAUGUAAAUAAAAGCAGCAAGCGACCACAUCUGGAGGAUUUAAUUUCAAUAAUGCAUUCAUACAGAAAUUGGAAUCAACAACAGCACCCUCAAGAGGUUGACAUCACAGUCUAGAUGAUUCUGCUCACAGUCCUGUGAUUCCCAUUCCUGUAUCAUCAGCACCAGCUUCUGCUUUUAUUUCUGAUCCUCCCUCAUCUGCCCCUGAAGUUUUUGCAAGCCCCAUUUGUCCUCCUGCUCCUUCAUCAACACCUGCUGUCACCACUUCCAUUUCUGAUCCUCCCUUUGCAACUCCCAAAGGUCACAUUCUGCCUUCUCUUCUAUUUGAGGACAUUGUUGAGAGGAAAUUUGGGAGUGAAUCAGUUUACUGUGGUAAUACGUGGCAAUCUGUACUGCAAACCUGCAGUGAACUGAAUCAGAUCCAAACAUCAAAGAUGCCAAGUAUUCUAGGAAAACUGAAUGAAGAUACUGAAAUCCAUACAAUCAUAAAGCCCCAAAUUGCAAGGGACAUUUUAGGGUGCAUGGUCAGAUUGCCUUGGGAGGUGACCUUAAAUUUAUCUCCUCACAGUCUGGAACAUCUCCCGAAGAUCUCUUCACAUCAGUUUAACAGCAGUGAGAAUCAGCGCAGACUUCCUGAGCAGUAAAAAGUUCAAGAUUUUCCAGCUAUGUUGACCAGUCCAUUUAUGAGCUUGGUCUGGAGCCCUUCUACUCAAGUGGGGAUGGAAACUGCUUUUAUAAUUCAUUAUCCAUACUCAUGUCUGAACAUGAAAGUGACAGUGAAUUUUUUGGACUGGGUGCAGCAAUGUAUGGUCUUGCUCACCAUGACCACAUUGUUGAUACAAAUGCGUGGCAUUUUAGUGAUAGAGGCGAUGCUUUGUAGUGGGCAGCCAGUGUGAGCCUUUCACCAAACGAGGUUCAGGAAAUUAAAGGCAAAUCCAUUCAGGAAAUUGUCGCAAAAAGUGUCCAAAGCCAAGUCUUCAAUGCCUUAAAGAAUUUUACUGAUAUUGAACUCUUACAGGUAACCUUUGCUGCCGGCUUUUUGAAGAAACCAAUACAACAGCACUGCGAACUGUCUGGGGCUGUAUGGUACAACACAAAACAAAGUCCUCCUUGUUGCUUCCAGCCAGACAGGGAAGAGGGGCCUUUUCACAUCAUCUGGCUGCCACUUACAGGACAAGGAAACACCUUCAACCAUAUAUGCCUCCUUCUGCCGUGGAAGUGUGGUGCAUUAGAUGCUUUCUUGUGCGUUUUUCAGGCGAGGAUUUAACACCCAACUUUCAAGUCGCAAUGAGAUGGUGCAGUGCCUUACCUGCUUUGAGUGCUACCACUGCGUUUGUUUGGGCAUUUCUUUCGAAGAGGCCAAGGAUUCCACCAUAGUGGAUUGUGGCUGCACGUUGCCCCACCCAUAUCGGAGCCACGACAUAUCGGUGUACUCAAACCAAGGUAGCAUUCUACGGUUUCUAGCGAAGGCAUAUUUGAAGAGACAUAAAACCUGCCAAUGUGCUGGCAGCUGAGAAAACUCACAUCACAAAGUUGUGCGACAUGGGUUUGAGCAAACUGAAGUCCGCGCUAUCCCUUACUCACACGAUUAGCUCAGCAAUCCGAGGAACUCCCUCUUACAUGGCCCCCGAAUGUCUGCUUGAGAGGAAGAAAGCAGCAGUCCAUUCAGAUGUCUGGUCAUUGGCAUGUACGCUCGUUGAACUUUUCACCGAGAUGGAAUGUUGGGAGCAACUGUUGGAAGUCAACACGCAAGACGAGGGGCGAAUGCUGGUAAAAUGCGGCGAGAGAAAACCACAACGGUCGGAAUCGAUGGCAAAAUUUCCAGUCAAAUUGUACGUUUACGACCUCUCUAGAGGUAUGGCAAGACAGCUGUCACCUUUUAUACUUGGCAAGCAAAUCGAUGGCAUCUGGCAUACAGGCCUGGUGUGUUAUGAUAGGGAGUUUUUUUAUGGCGGUGACGGAAUAAACAGUUGUCUCCCAGGUGGAACAAUUCUUGGUAGUCCAGAUGAGGUUGUUGAUCUUGGUGAUACAGAAAUAACUCAAGAUCUUUUCAUUGAUUUUUUAAGUGCUGUUGGACAAGAAGAUUUUAGAGGAGAAAACUAUAACUUGUUUGAACACAACUGCAACACCUUCUCAUCAGAAGUGGCCAUGUUUCUGACUGGGAAUAAAAUACCACAACAUAUUCGAGACCUUCCCUCAGAAGUUCUGAACAGUUCAUUUGGUCAGAUGAUAAGACCCAUGAUAGACUCUGUAUCUGUGAGGCCUUCAGGAGGCACGUCAAUAUCCCCUACACCAUCAACAUCAACAUCAAGAGCACCAGAAUCAAUAUUUGAGCCAAGAAAUGGUCCCCCUGGAAAGACUAAGCAAAGGGAACCACCAGAUGGCUGUCAAGGUGCCAUAUCAAGGAACCCUAAUGUUUAUAAGGAUGUUAAGGGCCCAUUAUUGAUAUCUGAUCUGAGAGAGUGUUUGAAAAGAAUGGAAUUGUCAGAUGAAGAUCUAAUUUACCUUGAUGAACUUAAAAGAUGCUUUGAAGCUGAAAACCUUUCAAAAGUGAAUGAGAGCCAGAUUCAAAAAUUAGAUCAGCUUAUUGAUAAAUACCUGACAGAGGAAGGCAGUCAGGCACUACAUCUCACUUUAAAACUUCUGCAGUUGUUAUCACAGUGUGAAAAAUUGUUUUCAUCAUCCAAAGGACUACAGGAGACUGUAAAAAAGGCCUGUGGGAGUUUCCCAAGCAUUCCAUCUUGUGCAACCCAAGUUGAGUGCAUCAAAUUGUUUUGCUGUGCUAUCAGCCAUCAGUCUGGUCACUCCUCCUUGCUUGGUGACAGUCACCCCACACCUCUUCCUUCUGUGACAAUCAAUUGUCUCCUCAGCAAAGAUUCGGAACUCCAAACUGUCGGAGCUGCUUUAGUUUCCAAUAUCGCAAGACUAAAGAUACACGAAGACAUUGCGUUAGAGUGUUCUACAGCCGUCAUUGAACUUUUAAACAGAAAUGUUUCUCCAGAGACAGAACAUAAUUGUCUGUACGCUUUAAGAAAAUUCAUGGAUUACAAUUCAGAGGUGGCUGCCCUUGUAAGUGUUAUGGGAGUAAAUGUUGGCAAGUACAAAGGAAGAUCCUCUGAAGUUGAUGAACUUUGUAGAGAUUUGGAAAAGUUACUCAGUUGAUAUCAGCCUGAGACAUUGCGCACACAGAUGAUGAAAAAAAAUCACAUCUAAAAUAAAAUUUUAAUUUCUGAGGAGAAAUUUUAACCCGUUCGUAGGUGGGUUGAGAAAUUAUUGCUUCAGAUGACGUCAUAUCUUCUUCGUAAACUCCGCCCGCAGCGUGGUCACACUAAAUUUUGGUCGAAUAAUAUUGCAGAGCUCGUAGAGCGUAGCACUAUAUCUACACCACCGCGUUGAUCAGCGGAUGAUUCAACACAAAGUAUGUAUAAGAAAGUAAAGGAAAAGAAAACACGGAAAGUAAAAGUUCCAACUAGAUCUUGGAACAAGGUUUCAUUUUUAGUGACCUGUUCCGGAAAUUCAUUGGGGAAGUAGAAGUUGAGAACAGAACUUUGAGAUUAAAAAGAAAAAAAUAUGUAGAUUAAAACAAGUUAUUACCUCGUCAGCUGAAAAUCUUCAACAUAGAUUAGCUUGCAAUUAUUUGGCUGAGGCGAAGUGAAUGUUGUGCACAAAAUUCAACGAGCCUCAAGGCAGGUAAUUGUCUUAAUGAAAUUUCAAAACGAAGCAAGUUUUACAAACAAAAAGUGUAUAUAAAAAUAUUUCUGCCUGUCAUCAUUCAAGAGAGCAUGCCUUGACAGGAGUUUUCUUGGUAAAUUGCUUUUACGGCGUGCUCGUUGAUUAUUUAAAGUUUUCAAAUAUUUUUAAUGCUUUAAACUCAAGUAAGAUGUCGAAUUUCUUUACUCUGACAUUUUCAUGUUUGUUACUGAACGACUUGGAAAUAA